UGCCAUGUACUACUGUGGCCAUUUUACACUUGGUUCACUGGAAAUAAAAAAAAACACACAAAAAAGCCCCUCUUGCCGUUUAUUUAACUUGUAAUUUCAGGAAAGGUUGCUGGCUGGCAUAUGGGUUGCAGAAAAAGGACAAAAGCUUGAAUCAGAAUCACUUUGUCGGCAUGGACUAUGAGCGGAGGGGUGGGCGAGGUGAUCGCAUGGGUCGUUAUGGCAACACUCACGGUGAUCACAACUUUCGAGACAUGGACUACCGCGCCUAUGGACAAGACGAUGAAGGGGCAGAAACAGGACACAACGUCAGAGUGGAGGAGGACAGAUUAUACAACAGUGAUGAGCAGUCACUGAAUGUCCAUGGGUUCUCACCAGGUUUUCACCACAAUCGUCCAGGCUUUCAGCGCAGAAGGGGUGGAAGAGGGACGGUUGGCCGUGAGGGAAAAGGACUCCUCUGGCCACCUUGCCCUCAGUUGCACCCUGAUCUUUCUCAUCCCGUCCUGCAGAGGGAGGAGGACGAAUCUGGACUGGAUUUUGAACAGUUGCAGACUGGUCUACCGGAAGUGGGCCGGGGGAAAAGAGGAAGAGGUUUUCUAGAAAACAGUGCCCCACACUCAGGAAGUAGGGAAGACAGCUGGCAUCAUGUUGGUGCCCAUUCUGAGCAUAUGGAAUUUGGUCUGGGUAGACAGAGAGAAGAGGACAAAUUCUCCCAUGGAGCCGGACAGAGGAGGACUUUUCCAGUGAGGGAAGAAGAGCAAGGAAGCGCAGAGAUGUCCAUUGAUGAAUUGGAUCCGAAUGACCAGGACUACCGUGGAGAUUUGGACCACAACCAGAAACCCAGCAACAUCAUCAUGCUUCGCAUGCUGCCACCCAAUGCCACCUCUAAUGAGAUCCGGUCCAAACUUCACGAACAGGGGAUCCAGCCAAGAGAGGUUCGCCAUAUGAGGAACAAAUCUUCAGGUCAGAGCCGAGGAUUCGCCUUCGUCGAGUUUAAUCUCAUACAGGAGGCCACCUGCUGGAUGGAGACCAACCAGGGAGUGGUGUUGAUUCUGGGGCAGAGAGUGUCCAUGCACUACAGCAACCCCAAACCACGUGCCAACGAGGACUGGCUCUGCAACAAGUGUGGUGUGCAAAACUUUAAAAGGAGAGAGAAAUGCUUCAAAUGCAGUGUGGCUAAAUCAGAGGCUGAGCUGAAGUUGCCACAGUUGCAGAAGGAUAUGGCUGCUGGCCUUCAGAAGGAAGGAGCCCAAGGUUUACUCCCCUUGCCAGCACCCUACCACUCCUCUGGAGCUAGUGUCACCCCAGGGCAGCCUACACAUCAGGCAGACGUUGCCAAUGACACUCUGAUACUCAGAAACCUUGGUCCUCAUACCUCAGUGGAAGCCAUUUUGUCUGCGUUGGCUCCGUUCGCCACCCUUGCCCCUUCAAAUAUUCGCUUGAUUAAGGACAAACACACACACCUCAAUAGGGGCUUUGCCUUUCUGCAACUUUCUACAAUAGUGGAGGCAUCUCAGCUGCUCCAGAUUCUGCAGGCGCUUCAGCCGCCUCUCUCUAUAGAGGGUAAAGCUAUUGUAGUAGAGUUCGCCAAAGGCUCCAAACGUGAUGCUUUUGUGGCGGAUGGUACCAGAGUGAGUGCCGCUACUGUGGCCAGCACUGCUAUAGCUGCUGCACAGUGGGCUGUCUCACAGAAUGCUGCGAAGGGAUCUAGUGGAGGACAGACUGUAGAUGCAACUCUAUAUCAGCAGGGGGCAGCAGUAAGCUACAGUCAGGACGGGAUUGAGUACGCUGGGCCAGACGGUACAACUUUCAAGGCCCAGGGAGAAGCUGGGGUUUCUUCUUUGCCAAGUGGAGGAGCAUCCCUGAAUGGGGCGUACAUAGCACCAGCCAUUAUUUCCUCUGAGGCAGUGAAAUCUGGUUCAGCAGCCAUGCAGCAGGCUCUCGCGCAUAAACAUGCUGCACUCGCCACCACAGUUGCCACCACACCAGCCACGCAGGUUGAGAUAGUUGGAAAACCACAGCCAGCUGCUCCAAGUCAACCUGCCACUCCAGGCACUGAACAUGAGCUCAAGGAGUACCCUUUGCCAGACGUGUCAACAUACCACUAUGAUGAGAGUUCUGGCUACUAUUACGACCCCUUCACGGGACUCUACUACGACCCAAAUUCCCAGUACUAUUACAACCCUCACACGCAGCAGUUCAUGUACUGGGAUGGGGAGAAACGCGCCUACAUUCCUGCUGCCAGUCAGUCAGACAUCGAAGGUUCUCCAACGAGAGACAGUGCUGCAUCUUCAGACUCGACAAUUUCCACCCCUGGAAGUCGGGAGAAAAAAGACAAACCGAAGAAUAAAACUGCUCAACAGAUUGCCAAAGAUAUGGAACGUUGGGCAAAGAGUCUCAAUAGACAAAAGGAGAACAUGCGCUCCGUUUCUUCGUCCUCCGCUGUCGGCUCUACGGCACUCCCACCGGGAUACACUCGGGCACCGGGUCACAGUCGCCUUGAUGACCAAAGAGAGUCUGCAAGUGCUGAUGCGGGCUAUGCUGUUCUGGAGAAAAAGGGUGCCCUGUCUGAAAGACCUCAGAGUUUUCUGGAACAGCUCCGACAAAGUAGAGAACCAUCGCCUCCUAAGCAGCUCGGUCUAGUUCCAGCCUACAGUGCCGAAAGUGACAGUGAAGAGGAAGGAGGAGAGAAAGAUGAGAAAGAAGGGAAGAUGACGGACUGGGUUAAGCUUGCGUGCCUUCUUUGUAGGAGGCAGUUCCCAAGCAAGGAGGCCCUCAUCAGACAUCAGCAGCUCUCUGAACUACAUAAGCAAAACUUGGAGCAGAGAAGAAAUCAGGUGGACACUGCAGGCAAAGAGAGACAAGUGGAUGAAUUUGAAUCUCCGGAUCCCAAAAAGCGAAAGUUUAGCCCAGGCUCUAGUCUUGGUGAAAGGAUGCUGCAGGCAGGUGUGAAAAGGGGUCUUCUUCUGCGCAACAUGCAAGUGGAGUGAAUCCUCACCCUUAAAAUACCCGACCCCAAAAGGACAGAGCCCAGUGUGCAACUCUUCACCAUGAACAUCCUGUAUAUCUAUAUAAAAUCCUUUUUUAUUUUGCGUGGACAUUAUAAUUACCUCAACACUUAUAAAACUUGGUAAUAAUCUCACAAACUGAACCUGUAGCAGCAGAUGUCAGAAUAUUGCACAGAUUGCACCUUUUUGCUUGCUUCCCGAAUGAUGCAGUUUGGAGUUCUCACUUUCUUCAGAGCUUCUGUGUGAUAUUUCUUUCCAGGUUUUAUGUUCAUAGGGAGACAUUUGCUUAUAGAAAAUGAGUGAUUAGUACAGAUCUUUAUGGCAGCAAAUGAGAAUUAUUUUUGUCUAUGCACCAUAGACAGUUUUCCUUUUCUUUUUUUGUAUUUGUAAGUUAAUGUACCGGUAUGUCUUGACAUUCAUUGAAUGUCUGUUUUAAGUAUGAACUGCAGAUUGAGAACUUUUGUACAACAGUUCGGACUAAGACUGUGGCCUCCUGAACUGGACAAGAUGACAUUACCAUUAGUUUAUAGAUGAAAAGUGUCUUCAUCAUACUGCAGAAAUGAAUUAACUGCGUAAAAUGUGUUUAACUUUGGAAUUGUUUUUAAGUCCAUUAAUGUGACAGUUUCAUGAAGCUGAUGUAAAUGAACUCAAAUUAACACAUUUCUGUCUACUUUCAUUAGUCUUGUAUAUACAAGGAAGUAAACAGGAGCUACUGUUUCAACAUUUUAAAUGGAAAUUUACAAAGCUUUGUGUAUUUAUUUUUCUCAGAAAAAAAAGAGGAAUAUAAUGCAACUGUUGAAACAAGUUCUCUAGUCUACUGCAACAUCCUGAACAAAAAAAAUAUACCCCAGCUCUCUUGUCUGUCUUGACCCAAGUGGGGUUGCCAUGGCAACGCCAUAC